GUGAGCUGCUUAAAGCAGUGCCGACUCAUCGCCGAAAAGAUCUUUACUAAAACGUCUCUUUAUCUUUGUUACACAAGAUUUUUCAAAGUUUCUUUUGUCAACUGACAACGUACUAUCAAUUUGUUUAUCUAUCAACAUGAUUAUAACUCUGAAAAACUUACAACAACAAACGUUUACUGUAGAAAUUGAUCCAUCGAAAACGGUAAGAGAUCUGAAACAAAAGAUCGAAACCCAGAAAGGUUUUCCCGUUGAUCACCAGAAAUUAAUAUAUGCUGGAAAGAUAUUAGCAGAUGAUCAACCACUGACGGAAUAUAAUAUAGAUGAAAAGAAGUUCGUAGUUGUUAUGGUAACAAAGCUUAAAACUGGUAGUAGUUCUGCAGCGACCGAAGAUCAUGCAGACGGAGACAAUAAAGAAGAAAGUAGUACAACCAGCUCAGUGGCACCGCCUAGUACAAAUCCUACUGUUCAAAGCGCAGCGCAACCUGCUAGUAAUGUGCAAGAACAAUCAGGAGCAAGCACUACUCCUGAAUGCGUUGGUGGUCAAGCUGAAAGUGCCUUGCUAAUGGGCGAAGACUAUAAUACUAUGGUAAACAACAUUAUGGACAUGGGAUACGAACGCGAUCAGGUUGAACAAGCACUAAGAGCAAGUUUCAACAAUCCUGAUAGAGCUGUUGAAUACCUUUUAACGGGUAUACCAGCUCAGCUUUUUGAGGACCCGCCAGAAGAUCCACCCGAGGCUCAAGAACAACCUCAAGAUCAAGGCCAACAUCCGUUAGCUUUCUUGAGAAGGCAACCUCAAUUUCAACAAAUGCGUCAGGUCAUUCAACAAAAUCCACAAUUACUGAAUGCUGUACUUCAACAAAUUGGUCAAACCAAUCCCGCAUUAUUGCACUUAAUUUCGCAAAAUCAAGAAGCCUUUGUGCGCAUGCUCAAUGAACCUGAGGAAACAACUGGUGGGACAGGUGCAAGAGCCGUACCUGUGAUUGGUCUCCAAAUUCAGGUAUCACCACAAGAUAAGGAAGCUAUUGAAAGGCUGAAGGCAUUAGGAUUUCCAGAACAUUUAGUUAUACAAGCAUACUUUGCAUGUGACAAAAAUGAGAAUCUUGCUGCUAAUUUUCUAUUAUCACAAAGUCUCGAUGACUGAAGUGUCGCACUUGAUUGAUUUCAUAAUAUGGAGUUAAAGGACUGAUAUAGGGUGGGUAAUUACACAGGCGCCACAUUACUUUCAACUGGUCACCUUUACUUUGUAUGUAUAAAUAUGCACACAUAUUUAUAUUAUUUUAUUAAUCCUCUAGUUAAAUAUUGGUAUGUUUUAUAAAUCAUACAAAUUUACUGGUAUUGUAUAUUCGACUAUUCGACAUAUCAAAUUAUUUGCAGUUUAAAAUCGUUUCAUUUCAAAAUAUAUACUUUAUCUGUUCCAUAUAUUUUGAGAUCGAAAUUUAAUGCAUUGCAUCAGUGUUAUAAUCCAUCCUUGCAGUCUGAAAAAUGCUCCUCAACAAAAAUUUUUGUUCUUUGAAUAUAUGGAGCAGUGUAAUUACAUUUUUAUGUAAGAAAGCCUGCUUGUUUAAUAAAUUAAUAAUAUACAAAAGUAUAAAUACUUUAUGGUAUUUAUAUGUUGAAGUUAUUAUACAAUUACAUGUACAUGCAAAUUUGUAUACAAGGGUGGAGAGACAUGUGUAUUCAAACCGCAUAUAUGUACAUGACAAGUAUACUUUGUACAUUUAAUAGGCUUUCUAAUAUAAAAAUUAUGUGAGUGCAUCCGUAUAUGUAUAAUUGCAUAUGUAUAUAUGUGUGUACUUGCAUAUAACUUGCGCCUAUGUAUGUAUGUAUAAAAAAAGUCUUGUAUUUUUUAAACAAAAGUGAAGAAGAUAGUUAUUCAUUAAUAAAACAUCACAAAUCAUUUCAUUUGUCACAAAUUAACAAAAUGUAUGAAAUACUUAAAUGAAAGAAAAAAUGAAAAUUUAAGUAACAUAUACAUAUGUAUCGUUUUAAAUUUGUUUUGUCCUCAAUAUCAAACCAUUCUUUUCAUAUGAAAAAGGUUCGUAUAAUUUAUGGCUAGCUAUUAGGAGAUAAUCGUAUAUAUAAAGUAUCUUAAACAGAUAAACUUGAGAAAACUUAUCUGAAAUAUGAAUCUAUAAAGAAAAUUUGUAAUUAACUUUCUAUAAAAGUGGAGGCAAUGAGAUUAUUAAUAUUAUGAAAAUACAUUCAAUAUAUUAUAGCCUUAACAUAUUAAUAUGUAACUUACUAGAAACCGUUUGAAUUUUUAAAAUAAUAGUAACAAUAUUCAAAUUUUAUUAGAAAUAUAACAUAUAAUGUAAAACAAAUAAUAUUAAAAGAUUGCAUAUUUAAUAAAUAAAAAUAGCAUGAGUCUAGGCACAAAUGAAUACAUUCGUUUCCCUGUGUAUUCUAAGGUUUCAGAAUUUGAUCUGUGUUUUUAUUUAACGAUAUUAUACAUACGUAUGUAUGUAGAAUCAUACUCGCACAUCCAUAUAAUUGGACUAGAUGUAUUUAAUACUUUGUUGUAAGGUUGAGUCCUCUAUUAUUAAUGCAAUAAUAUUUGGAAACUGUCUCAAGGUUUCCACUAUUACAAAGAGUUAACGUACAUGAUUUCUAUGUUAUACAAAUAUCUUUUGACUUAGUUUCCCUUACGCGUCGGAUACCAAAAAUGAUAAAAUGCUACAAAUAAAAAUGUUAUAGAACAAGAUCAUAUUCUCUGUUAUUUAUCAAAUUUUAUUUGUAGUAUAGUAAAUAAAUGCUUUAAAAUUUA